UUUUUCGACCCGCUAGGCGAGACCGAACCCAGCACUACUGUCUACACACUCACCGUUCUAUGCCCCCCACGUCCACCACCACGAUGGCUGCCCAAGUUCUUUACCCGCACACCAGUCUCCUGUAGAGAUUACAACAGCACUCACUUCAGCAUACGUCCACGUGACGAUGAUCCUCGAAACCCGAACUACGACUGUUUUGAGCUCUAUCACCUUAAUGGCAUGAAGAGGAAAACCGUCAAAAUCAAGUGUGGCUGGUUUCCCCUGGAGAUGAGGUGCGUGCACGUACAGAAUGGUACGAAGAGAUGCGAUGAGGGUUGCUAUGUUCUAGAAAAGGGUGGUGACCUAGCGAGGUGGAUGUGUAAGCAGACGGACUGUGAGGGACAUGUAUACUGUGAUAAUGUAGUAGAAGAUGGCGAUAAGGUUGUGUGUUUUGGAAAGAAA